AUGUCGGUCGCUCCGCCCGGCAAGCCGCGCGGCUGGAGCCCGCCGCGCUGGCUGGCCCUGUACGACGACUUCAUCACCCGCAACGCCAGCCAGGUCGGCCAGUUGGAGAGCGCGCUGCGCAGCCUGACGUACAUGAUUCCCGGCCGCUUCCGCGACGCCGAAAUCGCCUCCGAGUCGGUGCACUCGGGCGUGCAGCUGCUGUCGCUGUACCACGACGCGCUGCUGGCCAGGCCGGCGGCCCGGCAGCCGCCCGGGCAGCCGAUGCCGGGACCGGUAACGGGAACCGGGGCGGCGCGCUCCGCGCACGCGCGGUACACGCGCUUCUGGGCGCAGCGCAGCAGGCUGUACCGCCGGGUGGCCAUGGUGCUGCAGAUGGUCGUGUACACGGAGCUGGUGUGCGAGAUGGUGGCGAAGCGCAGGGGCGGCGAGCGCGCGCGGUGGAGGGCCGUGGUGGCCAUCGAGGCCGUCAAGGCGGCGUGCCGGGUGCUGCUGCUGCUGGUGACGCGGUCGAGGCCGCUGGUCACGCCGGCGCUCCCUGAGCGGGAGGCCGUGCCGGAGGCGGAGGAGCAGCAGCAAGACCGCGACGGCGACGGCGACGGCGACGACGACGACGACGACGACGAGGAGAAGAAGCAGGAGGAGGAGGAGGAGGAGGAGGAGACGCGGGGCCAGGGCAACGGCAUGCCGAGGCUCCUCUGCGCGCCGCAGCCGCACCAGCGCGAGUGGGCGAUGCCGCGCACCGGCUCGCGGCUCCCCUGCCUGCCCGACCCGGGCGACAUCUCGUCGUACCUGCUGGGCCGGGUCCUCACCGCCGACGACAUCAGGCCCGCGGGCCGGCUGCUCAACCGGCUGCGCGGCGGGUCGCGCGCCGCCGAGGUGCUGCACAUCCUGGCGCCGCUCGUCUACGCCGUGGCCCUGGCGCGCAGCCGCGGCAAGACGUCGUGGACGCCGUGGCUGGCCGGGCUGGCGGCCGAGUGCGCCGCGCGCCAGCUGCGCGACGCGAGCCUCACGACCACGGCGCUCGAGCGCGACGAGUGGAACAGGCGCGGCUGGGGGAUGGCGUGGUGGGCCAUGCGCGGCGCCUUCUACCACGGCCUCACGCGCGGCGUGGUGCGCGGCGUGAGGCGCAGGAUGCCGGCUUUCGUGGCGGGCAUCGUGGAGGACUACGAGUAUCUGUGGGAGAAUUACUACUUUGCCACGAGCGCGUAA